AUGUUCGCUCAACCGUACGAUCAUUCGUUCAAUGACUUAUUCAACCAAUAUGUCGAUAUGGAGUCUUCGGGCCCGGAUGGCCACAAAGACCUGUCUGGCGACUUGGACCAGUUUUUCCCUCUGGACCCGCUUUCAAGCGAUGGUGGCGAUCAUUCCCCCGACUCCACUUCUAAACGCCAUCAAUCAUCACCGCAACCUUGGAGUAACGAGUGGUCCCUUCAAGAUGACAGUGCUCAAUUUUUCCAAGAUCCUGUCCUUCCUUCUUCCCUCUCGGAUCUUGCCGUGAAUCACUUUGAGGUUUCGUCCGGCCCUGCAGGAUCCAACGAGCUUCCUACCACUUCUCCUUCCACACCCCCAGCUACUCCCCGACGCAAGGUCACCAAAAGUGCACUCGUGACUCCCAAGUCUAUCCGCCAUCGCGACACGAAUGAGCGCCGGACAAUCUUGCGCAAGCAAAGCUUCUCUCCUAGCUUGAUACGUUCAAGUACCCCAAAAGGAAGAAUGGCUUAUCCAGAGGCAUGGGCCCAGCGCAUUCAGAACUUCAACCUGGCUGGCUCUGACGACCGUCUUCCUUUAUCUCCCCCACCCACUGAUCUUCUCGUCAAGCAUGAGAACAUUCCCGAAGGCACCAUGAAUCACAGAGACUCUGCCGAACUGGCACCUCACUUCUUUCAGCAAUCUCCUGCUGUUUCUAUGUCAUCUCCAUCCGUCGGCGCUCUUGCGCGACACCAACAACAGUAUAUGAGCCAUCCAGGCUCUGUGGCUUUGACAAAUUCCAGCCCACCCUCUGCAGACGAAAUCUUCUCCUCGCACUCUUCAGACCCCAACUCCAUCUCAUCAUGGCAGUCAGAUACCCUUGGCGCCUCUUCUCUCUCUUUCACCCCCGAUAUCCAGGCCCACGACCAGACGUGGUGGUCACCCAUGGCUCCCCGGGUUGCGCAACAGCAGCCAUCAUACCAGAACAUGGUUUCAUCUCCCACUACUCAGCGCCAGAUGCCAGGUGUCUCCUGCCAAAACGACAUGAUGCAGGGUGGCCUCAUGAUCCAAAUGGAUCCCUCAUUUGAUAUUUCUGCCGGCUCGUCCUUCUCCAACAUGCUGCCCGCCCACAACCAUAAAUUCGUCACUCCCAACACCGCCCAAGUCGGUCCCUCCCGCUCUCCCUCCCUCUCCCCCACAUCCAGAGCCACAAAGGCCACGCAACGCCGCGCACAUGGCCGCAAACUCUCCGGCCAGAGCAUGAACGGCCCCAAGACGGCCAAGUCAACCAGCCCACGAGGCUCCAAGUCGUCAGUGAAUGUAUCGUUUGUCAACUUCACUGCCAACGACCACCAGCGAAUCCUUACCGGUGUCGCACCAUCGGGUAGCUCCAAGACCAAGGCACGACGGGAACAGGAGGCCCGUGACAAGCGCCGCAAGUUGAGCGAAGCUGCUCUGAUCGCUGUCCGCAAUGCGGGUGGUGAUGUUGAAGCCCUCGAGGCUGUCUUCUGCUGA